GUAUCGCGGCGCAUGAGCUUACCUCACGGGGUGGUUGGGAGAGAACGGUGACGUCACUGUUGUAUUUGAUAAAGACACCCUCGUUCGAUGAGUUUGCGAUCAGUUUCGAAUCGGCACUCGAACGGGUAACAAAGCGACUUACUUACUGUCCGCUGGCGGGGCUUUUCUGAGUAGGUCGCUUCGGGAUUAGUUUGUUUGUUGAGAUCAGGUGGUUAUUGGGGUAGGUCUUGGAAUUAGACAGGAUGGCGCGAUUCAAUCAGUGGAUUUCGUUGAAGCAACCGGACAAACAACGAGUUUUGGGGUUGGAAACCGAAGCCGAGUAUCGUGCACGUUGGAUAUCGAUUCGCGUGUUGUAUUUCACGGGGUUUGUGAUGUUUUUGGCGUUCGGAAUCGUUGCCACCGGAGUUUGGCCCUACCUAAAAUCCCUGGAUCCAUCGGCGAAUAAAGUGUUUCUGGCGUAUGUAUUCGCCGUGCCUCCGUUUGGUCAAAUAUUUUUCAGUCCAUUUUUCGGGUGGUGGACAAACAAGCUGUCUUCGGUUCGAGUGCCGCUGAUUUUAUUGGUAGGAGUUUUCAUCGUGGGAAAUGUGAUCUACUCCGUUACGGAGGAAUUCCAUGAUCAUCGAAAGUACAUACUGUUGGUCGCGAGAGGAUUGGUCGGAGUUGGAACAUCGGCCGUUACAAUAUGCCGAGCUUACAUUUCUUCAGCAACACGAGUUUCCGAAAGAACCAAAACCAUCUCUUACAUGGCCCUGGCUCAAAGUAUUGGUUUGAUGAUAGGACCCACGUUCCAGUCGGUGUUUUCCGGAUUGGGAGAGGCAGGCUUCACAGUUUUUGGCUGGUUCCGAAUCAACAUGUACUCUUCCGCUGGAUGGAUUUGUGUAAUAUUGGGAGUGUUCAAUAUUUUCCUCCUGCUGCCGUUCAUCUUCAAGGACAGCCCAAUUGCCGUUAAGGAAGCGAUGAAAAGCCAAGGCGCGACCAAUGCCAAGGAAACAUGGAAAUCGAUGCAGCUACCAUAUUUUUGCAUCACCGUGUCGAUAGUUGCGUUUUCAUUGCUGAUGUUCCUAUAUGUGGCGUUCCAAGCGCUCUUGUCCCCCAUCGCCUUGGACCAGUUUGGCUGGAGCAACGAGGACUCCCUGUUCUAUCUAGGCAUCCUUAUGACGGUUGGCGCUCUGAUUUCCUGUAUUCUGUUCCUAUUGUUGGACCCCUUGUGCAAACGAUUCAGCGAAUCCAAUGUCCUGGUCUACGGUGCCAUGUUUGCCCUCUUCGUCAGUCAACUCUUAUUGAUCCCCUUCGGAUCGGAACCAAUAACUCCGGUAACGAAUGGGAGCAACCUUACCGAGCUCAACUCUACCACCGCCGCACCCGGUUGCCCAUCGACUCAAGAAUGGUGUGAGUGGAUUCCACCGAUUGGUAAAGUGCAAUUCACCAUCUCCUACACUCUGCUGUGCGUGUCGUUCUCGAUCGGAACGACGCUAAGCCAGGCCGUAUUUUCGAAACUGUUGGGUCCAAGACCGCAAGGAACGUGGAUGGCUCUGUUGACCUGUGCGGGAAGUGCGGCUCGUAUUUUGGGACCCGGCUCGGUAACGAUCUACGUCCUGUUCGGGACGUAUUGGACCUUUGGAGCCGGAACGGUUUUGGCCGGGUUGGUGUUCUUGUGGAUGUGGAUAUACAGGGAUAGCUUACAGCCGGCCAAACCAGCCAUUUCAUCGGAAAUGGCAGAAGAACUCAAAGUGCUUAAUUCCACAAAACUUAGACAAUAGUGUAGAUUUUUUUUUUGCGAAAAAGUAGCUGUGAUCUGUACUUAUGAGAUAAGUAAUAAUGUGUUUUUGUUUAUAUUGUUGUAUCGUUGAGAAAUAGCUGAGCGAAGCUAGAUAGGGAGAUUUUUGUAUCAAAUGGAAGAAAAGUCUCAUCUAUUUUCGUGUUUAUCAUCAAAACAAAACGAAUAAAGAAUCUACAGAAA